AUGACGUCCAUUAAAUGUCACACAGCCGAGUCUAGACCAGAUCUUUGGCAGGCUCUACAGGAUGACCAAAAUCCCCUGAACCUCGCAUGGCCCGUUUUUUUGGAUCAGAACUUCACGUUCAAAAAAUACGUCCCAAAACUUCUAGAGAUACAAGGUCUGUCUCGCUUCCAAUUUGCGAUUGUUGAGCAGAGCGCAGAAGGAAACGAGGUGGUCAUCGGAUGUGGACGAUCGGUUCCUUUCUUCUCACCUGAGCUACAUACGCAUUUCCAGCUUAGAGGAGGACAAUGGUCCUCGUUUUCCCAGGAGGAGAUUGAAGUCGCAAUUUCCUGUGCUCUACCCAAUGGAGGCUACGACACAAUUUUGGCGCGUGGGGUCGAGCAAGCCUCACGGCGCCAACAGCAUCUAAAUCUCCCCCAAAAUCCACCGCAACUCUUGUCGCGGCCAUCUUCUUCUCCAUCUUCUCCGGCCGAAGCAUUCAUGUCAUCCUCUUCGACAUCAUCAUCACCAACCACCUCGCCCUCUUCGAUCUCUUCGUUUUCUUCAAACAACAGUCUGACUGCCGAGCAACUGAGAGAAUCCUCUAGUACAUGGCUUCUUACAGAGAAGCCUAACGCUCUCUGUGCUUUAUCCGUCACGGUACACCCGGAAAGGAGGUCUCAAGGCUUUGCAGAGAUGAUCAUCGAGAAGAUGAAACAAGCCGCUCGGGAAGCGGAAUUGUCUGUCUUGGUUGUCCCUUUGCGUCCCACCUGCAAACAGAAAUUCCCCUUGUUGAGUAUGGCAGAAUAUAUCUCGUGGAUAGUUCCAAAAUCCGAAGGAAAAGAAAAUGGAAUCGAUUAUCCUUUCGAUCCAUGGCUCCGGAAACAUGUUCGCUUAGGUGGCAGGGUGAUUAAGGUCGCUCCACGAAGUAUGGUUGUGACCGGUACUGUCCAAGAAUGGCAGGAGUGGACUACUGUCAAUUUGGGCUGCGAUGAAAAGAAGAAUGGAGCGAAGAUAACCUUUCCGGGUGGUCUCGUACCUCUGGAGUAUCAUAUGAAGGAAGAUCAAUGCGUUUAUACUGAACCAAACGUGUGGCUCUACCACAAUCUUGGAUAA